AUGCUUGUUGGACUUUUGAUCCUAUCAGUAGUGCUCUGCCUCGGUGGAGGACCUUCACACGAUAGGCUUGGUUUCCGGUACUGGAAACACGGCGCAAUGAACGAGUAUCUGGCACAUGGUGACGCUGGUCGCUUCUGGGGGUUUCUCUACGCUUUGACAUUCUCAGUCUUUUCCUUCAACUUUGGACCAGAGUUGAUCGUCUUGACUAGUGGAGAAAUGAGAGCACCGAGAAAGAACUUGCCUCGCGCAGCCAAGACAUUUAUCUGGCGCCUGAUCGCCUUCUACAUCCUGGGGUCAUUUGCAAUUGGCAUUAUCUGCCGUAGUGAUGCUCCAGGCCUCACAAGCGGAGGACAUGGUGCUGCAGCUUCCCCUUGGGUCAUUGCGAUCAAAACCGCCGGUGUCGACAGCCUUGAUAGCGUCAUCAAUGCCGGCAUUAUCAUAUCAGCAUGGUCCUCGGGCAAUUCUUAUCUUUAUAUGUCAAGCCGGUCUCUAUACUCUCUGUCAAAGUCAGGAAGCGCACCAAAGAUCUUCCAGCGAUGCACCAGUUGGGGACUCCCUAUCUAUGCGGUAAUGGCAAGCUCCAUCUUUGGGCUUCUUGCCUAUCUGAACGUUUCCUCUUCAACAUCCGAGGUGUUCAACUGGUUCAUCAACCUUACAAACACGGCUGGUUUUACGUCUUGGAUCUGCUGCAGUAUCAUUUUGUUGAGGUUCCGAAAGGCAUGCAAGGCCCAAGGCGUAACAGACUUGCCGUUCCAGUCAAGACUCCAGCCGUACGCAGCAUACAGUUGUCUGGUAUUCUUGUCCAUAUUGAUGCUGCUGAAUGGAUUCUCAGUCUUCUUCCCUGGACAAUGGUCUGCCGCUUCAUUCUUGACAGCCUACAUCGGUAUUCCGAUCUUCCUGACGCUCUAUUUCGGUCAUAGACUCUGGCACAAGCAGGACUCAUGGGUAAAAGCACCUUCGGAUGUCGACUUGCACUCUGGCUUGGAUGAAAUCCUUGUGUUUGAGGACAUGGACGGCGUAGAAAUGGGAGAUGAUAAAGGAGAUUUUCUUCACCGAGUGUGGAACAAGAUUCGUAGUUGA